CAUCACGGUUGAGGUUUUGCGUCGCUCCAAAUGGCAUUGUCUCACGUGUCACUUCAUUAAAAUAGGGCGUGACGCACUUUGCGUUUUGAGCGCAGCACGGUCAACUGCAGUCGUUUUAAGGGGACACAUUUUGCGCGAUAUGGAGUGUAAGCGAUAGUGCGUUAAAUAACUAAACUAACGUGGCGGGAGUGCGGAUUUUUGCCUUGGACCUGAAUGCACCGUCACAUCGAUGACUCGCCGCUCGACUAAAAAUGACAGACAACGGUUCACACCAAUCAGAGGCCGCCCGUCCCAACCUGCGGGUAGUGAGGCUUUUUGACCAAUAGUAACCGUUGCAUUGGAGCACGUGCCGGUUUCGCGGCAAAAAAGAUUUCGCGCGAAAACUGUCCGAGUCCUGUUUCGAUGUAGAUCAGCUGGGACAAUAACAACAAUAACAGCCGUUAACGGGGUUGGACCGGUGCUUUCUUUCUUUUAAUAAUUGGACUGCGCCCGGUGCGAGUAACCGGCGGACCGGCGGCUGCUGUUUAAAAAAAGGACUCUCUUGCAUUUCACCCGGUUUAUUCCAUACAUUUCCAGUUUUGCCAGACACACUUCCUGCGUGCCCCCAACACAACGAGGGGGUUGAAGAACUGCGGCUAAUAACUCAGCUAGCAUGCUAGCCCGCCCUAUAUCCUCACGUGUAACUUUCUCGCGCUUUGCUCCGCGGAGCUAGCUGUCGCUUAUUUACGUGCACUCGCAAAAAAAGAGAAAAGAUUGUGUCCGGACUUGUGGUUUUGGGUGGGGGGGCGUCGCAUGUAUCUUUUUUUAUUUCGAUAGCUCACCAGCUGGAAUUCUGCUCCAAAGUUUUAACAGCCGUUUGACUGAGCUGCGAGGAGACAUUGUGAUGUUUUAUUGACUUGAACCGCGAGUUUGUCCGCCGCUCCCGGUUGUUUGCGAACUUGUGUCGGGUCUUUUGUCGUCGGGGCUCGAGCUAGCCGUGUUAGCAGGGCUGGUGGUUGUGUGUUCGGGGCAGUGCGGCCGGGCCUCGCGGCUCCACUCCCACGUCACUGACAGGAGAGAUGACGACAAAAGAUUAGCUUGCUAGCUCGCUAACACCCCCCCAGUGUUUACCUCGGCCGCGGCCGAACUGUCGACCCUUUCCUCGCGGACACAUGAGCCCCUAUGCUCCGAGUUGGAAUGUUUUGGUGUUUGAGAAACAGUCUUUUUAUUUGCCAAAUUUCCUGUUUGGCAGAAUAUCCUGUGAGGCCGUUUCUCCACCAAGCCCCAAUGUCGUUUGUUCAACAGUUGGCUUCCAAUAGGUCGUCAUUCAUGCUGAAGUGAUAUAGUUUUAUCAUUUAUUUGCUUUUGCAUUUUUAUUUUAUUUUUUAAAUGCAAGAAGAUUGAAAAUAGGGGUAAGGGGAACUUUGUAAAGAAAUGUCCAGGCUGCCUGUAAAUUCCUGCAAGCAAACUUUCAAGAAGUUUCAUUGUUCCCCGAAUUCACCAUCUACGGCAGAUCCAAGUGGGUGUUGAUACUCAAACUGCAGCGUCAGAGCUUGGCCCUGAAGUCCAGUGGAGGGGCCCCUGCCCCCCCACACAGCGCAAUGUCAGAGACUCUGAUAACGGGACAGACAUCGGAGGAUCUGUUGGCUGACUUCGAGACCUUGCUGAACGCCGGGAGCAUUGACCUGAGCGAGAGCCACCAGAUCGUGAUCAUCACCAGCCCCGGCGAUGAGGGGUUCCACCCGGCCAUCGCCCCCACCAGCACAGGGGAGAUCCUGCUGUUCGCCACGCCACAGGGCCCGGUCGACAUGGGGGUCCAGGACAAGAGGCGGCCAGCGCUGGGAAGACCUCCGGUAAAGAGGAAGUUGGACCUGGACAGUGACCAUCAGUACGUCAGCACAACCCGCCCGUCUGUCGGUCUAGCACCACCCUCCACACCUGCUCCUCCUAGAGUUCCCCGGACGGCGACGGAGAAGUCCCGCUACGACACCUCCUUGAACCUGACCACCAAGCGCUUCCUGAACCUGCUGUCCCAGUCGGCGGACGGCGUGGUGGAUCUGAAUUGGGCUUCGCAGGUCUUGGAUGUCCAAAAGAGACGCAUCUACGACAUCACCAAUGUCCUGGAGGGAAUCCAGCUCAUCUCCAAGAAGUCCAAGAACAACAUCCAAUGGCUCGGUAAUCGUGUCGACGCGGCGUUGGUUUCCCGCCAUAAGGAGUUGCAGCGAGAGGUGUGUGACCUCACAGAAGCCGAGGAGCAGCUGGACGAGCUCAUUUCCAAAUGCAACCUCCAGCUCCGACUGCUCACGGAGGAGCCGCAGAACAAGAAGUUGGGCUACGUGCGCUGCCAGGACUUGAAGAAGUCCUUUGAUUCUCCCGACCAGCUCGUCAUGGUGAUCAGAGCGCCACCAGAGACACAGAUGCAAGUUUCAGAACCCAGCAAGGGUUACCAGGUGUCGCUGAAGAGCACACAGGGUCCAAUUGACGUCUUCCUCUGUCCAGAGGACAGCUCGGGUGUCUGCAGCCCCGUGACGGGAGCCAGUCCCUCUAAACCCGAUGCCGACCCUUCCCUAGUCCCGCCUCCCACCCCCCCCGCAGACCAGUCGCACGGCAGAAGCUCAGCGGCGGCCGAGGACGCGGCUUCCUCGUCGCCGGCGUCGACAUCGUCCACCGUGACCGCGACCUCCCAGCAGGACCCCUCGGCGAUGGUGUUGGGUGGCGACGCAGAAUCGCUGCUGGGAGGCGACCCGUUCUCAAGCCUCGGAGACAUGCCCGACUUCGACCUCUCGCCCCUCUCCUCCUCGGACUUCCUGAAUGCAGAUGGCAUUCCCCUCCAACUGGACGGUUUCAUCAACCUGUCCCCCCCACACAGUCACGACUACCACUUCGGACUGGAGGACCACGAAGGCAUCAGUGAACUGUUUGACUGUGACUUUGGCGACCUAUCCCAAGUUUUGGGGGAUGGUUAGACGCAGGCAAGGAGAUCCCCCGGGGGGGGGGGGGGGGGCUUCCAGGAAGAGGGCUAGACAUCAAUGUUUUAAGGGCAAAUAGUCCAAACUUAAUGUUUUAAUUGGGGGUGGGGCCGAUGAUUUGUGCCUGUGAUCCUCGAAAAAUACUACCCUAACUCCUCAAGGUCUGUCCCCCCAAAUUGUUCAGCACAUUAUUAGCACUGCUCUUUGGCCAUUUAAACUCUAGACAAAGAUUUUAGCUUAAGUAUAGCUAUUUAAAUUAUUUUUAUGAAUGUUAUUUUGAUAACUUGUACAAGCAUUUUAUUUUUUUGUCCGUAUAGAUGAUGAUUAACCCAAGUGGAUUGUGUGUGUGUGUGUGUGUGUGUGGAGUCGUAGGACUGGUUUCCUAAACCCAGAUUAGCUGACAUGUGACACGAUUCAUGCGGCUGUUUUUUUACUUCCCACAUCUCGGUGUGAAGGGGAAACAUUUGCAUCCCGCUGCUAAAGGCUGUCCAAAAGCAUCGUUUCACACUCAAUUUUUUUCAUUUCCCCCCCGUAAGAGGCUGUCAUAAGCAAAAACGUUUCUCCAUCGGGAAAAUGAGUUUGAUCUCAAGCACUGGAAUCCUGACCGACUGGUUUCUCUGACGGUGACACAGCCCCGAUUUAAGGACUAGAUCUGCUUCCGUUCCACAGUCUCCUCGAAGGAUUAACAAGAGGCUGCGACGAACAGCUGAAGGUUCAUGUCGAAUUCACCUCUGACUACUAUGUUCACGAGGCUGUCCAGAUGUAUCUGAACUACACGAGCUGAGAUGGGGAGCUUGAGCUCGGUGGUGCUAAUAAAGCCAUUUGCAGAGACUCCAGGGGGCGAAAGGUCCAGAUGGGUGGCGUUGGUGUGCCAGUAAAGAUGCUGCGCUGCAGUUUGUAGCUCGCUAGGAGUUUAGCCAUAGAGGUGUUCAGAGGAGCAGAGUCUUAAUUCAACGUUUUGGAUGCAAGCAUGUUUGAGAGUGUCACGAGUGUUUGCGACGCAUUCCGUUGCGUAUCGGGUGACGAUGGUUUUUUGCGCAGGUUUAAGAAAAUCCUUGGAGACGGCGCACGCUUCUUUUCUUUUCGUUGUCGUUUUUUUCAAGGUUCAAAGCGAGACGUUCACCAGAUGCCUGUAGACCGAUGCUCCCCGGAAAAACCACCCGACUGUUCUUGGCACGUGGGGAAGCCCCCCGGGCCUGACGCACAGUUCAGGGACCUCCGCGGGUCCUUACACACAGUGUUCACCAUUCCUCGUGAAUCACAGCACAGCUGCGUCGUUGCUUGUACUCAAUCAGUCUAAUCGGUGCAGAGCGGGGGGGGGGGGGGGGGUGAUAGACUUCUUGAGAGGUGUUCAAAAGGGGGGUGGGGAGGAAACCUGCUGUUAUUGUUCAGCAUAUGCACUUCAUUUCAGAAAGUUAAUGUUCAUGCCUUAAACCAAUGGCCUCGAGCGGAGAGUAUCUGCCCCCCCCCCCCCCCCCCCCAUAAGGAUCAAUUCCUGCUUGUUUCUCUACGAUGGUCCCAGCUGCGUCUCGACGUUCUACCACAAAGACGUUUUCCCAUCAUGCACUCUGCACUCACGAGGUGGAGCAACUGCUCCGCGUCACGCAUCGUUCGUCAGAGACGUCCGCGUCUGAUUUUUUUCCUCGUUCUAAGUUAUGUAAGUUAACCUUGUUUCAUUCCUGAAGUGUUGGGGUUUGAUGUGUAUAUUGUGCAUAUUGGUUUUUUGUUGAAUUUCAUAUUUAUUUCAAACUAAAAAAGGGUCAGGGAAGGGUGUUCGGGAGAUGUCAGAGAACAAAUGAUACUGAAUUUGCCACAUUUUCUGGCAGGGAUACGUUUAUCUGGAGAAUCCAAGCAGAUCAUGAAUUGAUAAGUGUGUUCCUUUACUAAGUUGUUUGUUUGUAAAUUAGCUUCUCAUCAGUAGCACCUUUUUAUAUAUUUGCCAUGCAUUUUUUUGUGUAUUUGUUUGUUCCUUCUUAGAGAAUAUACUCUUACCUGUUAUGCAUGUGCAACCUUUGCAUCGGCUAAUGAUGCAUAAACAUGUUCAGGAAUACAGUUUGUCUUUUCGACAGGACUGGCUAAUACGUUUAACUUAAAUAUUCUUCGUACCUUUCAGUGUCGCGUCUCUUUUUCCGACGACGGAUGUCUCUCCAUGUUGCGGGCAACAUAGCUGAUCUGAGGUGGUACACGUGUUGUCGCGUGAAGCCCUUGGGCGCCUCAAACACUCGUGGAACAUGUGGGGAAAACGCAUCGCUGCGGUCGUCUUUUGCGUCCUUUUAUCGUCCUCGGAGCCCGUGAAUGACGACCGCGACUGAAACAUUUUUCGACAGGCCGGAGUUACGAGCCUGUCGAUGUGUGGCGUCCCUCGUGACCCUCGGAAUGUGUCGCGUGUUCGGUCUCUCUGCGUUUGGCUCCCAUCGGCAGCUGAGCCGCUCGUCGUCGUCGUUGUUGUUGUUCAUGUUCAUCGUCAUGUUUUGGUUCUCUGCCGAGGUCAAACUUAAAUUAUAAAUGAAUUCAAAUCAGGAUUUUUGUUUCGUGGUGAAAGAAUGGAAUUUUUGUGUGUGUGUGUUUGUCUUUUUUGGGGGGGUUUUGUUUGGAAAAAAUGUUUUUGUACCAGGGUUGAAAUCGAAUCACUUUCAUUUAAAAAAAUAAAAUAAAGAAAAAACUUGUAGGAAUCAAAGCAAGGUUAGUUUUCGGAAAUAUUCUAAAGAAUACCCUCAUGCGAUGGUUUGUAAGUCAAUUUGCCGAAAGUUGUUCUUCCCUUUUUGUGCGUUCUUCUACGAGUGUGUGCAGUGUUUCCUUUUGUUUUACAUCUCCAAGUAAACCACCGUCUCCGCAGCAAACAGCUGGUCCAGGUUUAGGGCACAAAAUGAGAAGUGACAAAUAAAUCACUGUUGACUUCCAAUACAAGGGACACCAACACCGGCCUCCAGGGUGAAAGUCUGAUUGUUUUUACACUCGACCGCCCUACCUAUACAGAUGUUCACACUAUAUGUCCUGGUUUACGAUUGAAGGGGUUUACGUGCAUACGUGACCGACUUAUUGUGCAUUGAAGUCGCUGCUCGAUGCAAAAAGACAGGUUUGCUAAGUGGAAUCUAGAAUUGUUUAACGGGAGGAAAGUGACUUGACUUCCAUCCGGUUAGAGUCGCUGUUCAAAGUGCUUUUAAGGGAAAUUAGCUUAUCCAGCAAUCAGUUUUUGUUUUGGAGUUUGUUUUUUAUGCUACCAAGUGGGUUAAAGAAACAACACAGUUUUGUACUUAAUUAUUGGGACCCUAUAUGCCCAUUUUGUAUAAUAAAUAAAUAAAUAAUUCUUUGACAAAUGUAAAAACGUAUCUAUUUAGAGACCCAUUUGCCCCACAUCUUGACUUUCUGUUGCAUAAAAAUGAAUCUGCCCCCCCACA